UAUAGAUCUAUUUGUGAGAAAUUUGAUAUUGGAAGAGCAACUGCAUUAAAAAGUGUAAGGAGAGUUACAAGGGCACUCGUGCAUCUUGCUCCGAUUUUUAUUACGUGGCCUAAAGAAGAAAGAAUAGAAGAAGUUUUCAAAGGAUUUGCUAUGCUUAGUGGUUUUUCUAAAGUAAUAGGUUCGCUUGAUGGCACACAUAUUAAUAUAAAAGCACUAAGUAUCAAUCCUGAAUGUUAUAUUAAUAGGAAAGGCCAUCAUUCUAUACAAUUACAAGCUAUCUGUGACCACGAAUUACGAUUUAUUCAUUGUCUCGCUGGACACGUCGGCUCUGUCCAUGACCAACGAGUAUUUCGUUUAUCCGAAGUAUCUGAAUUUAUACAAGAUCCAGAGAAGUUUCCACAUCAUAUAAUCAAUAAUAUAAUUAAUAUAGUAGCCGACGCUGCUUAUUCCCUCCAUAAUCAUGUGAUGACACCAUAUCAAGAUAAUGGACACCUAACCGAUAGACAAAAAAAUUAUAACUUCUGUCACUCAUCUGCUAGAACAACAAUCGAACGAGCAUUCGGAUUAUUGAAAGGAAGAUUCCGCAGUUUACUUACUAUUCUUGAUAUGGACCGUAUAGAUUGCAUACCAGAUUUUAUUUUGGCAUGUUGUGUCUUGCAUAAUAUUUGUUUAUUAAGGGAUGACGAAUUUACAGUCACAAAUUUGGAAGUCAUAGAAAACAAUUGUAAUAUACAUUCGAUUGAAUGCGCAAAUAGAAACGCCUAUAGAAUAGCAGGCCAUCUUAAACGAGAUGUUAUUUGUAAUAACUUAAUGAUGCGAAAUAUAUAAAAUAUAACUGAACAAAAUGUAAUAUCCGUAUUAUUAUACAUUAACUUAAUUUUCUUACCUCAAACAAACUUAAAUGCAUACAAAUUUUAAACAAUUAAGAUUUCUCUUGGACAACUUGUAACUUAAAUAUAAUAUAAACUUUGGUAUUCUUAAAACUUAUACAAAGUAUCUCUCCCUGAUUUGUC